AUGCCUUUGACUCGGCGACCCAAUCCUGCCUCCGCGCAAAAUAACAGGCGCCAAAGCACCACCGGACCUCGACCGAAAACCCCCAUCGUGAAGUCCUUGCGGCGCGCCAGCACGAGACGGAGCGCGCGCCUUCAACACGCCCAACCGUCCCCUCCUCCCGCACCCGCUCCUCCGCCAGCACGAAACAAACGGAAGCGCCUGAAUGAAGACUCUGAAGCUCAAGCUGAAACCGACGCGUCGAAACGCGUGUGCCCUUCCAAACAGCCCCAAGAGCCCCUCCGCCCCGAACACAGGCGCAUUAAAGAGAACCUACAAAGAGACCUUGACGCCAAACCCAACGGGUCGGCAGGCGUGCACCCUUGCAAACAGCCACGAGAACCCCAGCCCGACCCCAAGCCCCCCGAAGACAACGUAAAAACAGACCUUGAAGCUGAAGAACUCCCUCCUUCCAAGGACCAGCUCUCUGAGAAGAACUUGCGGUUAUUGAGAUUAUUGAAUGGUGAAGAGAUGGACUCCGCAGGCAACAAUGCUCCGAGUCUCAGACGGACGCCGUCACGCCGUUCCAUAGUCCCGUCAGAAGCGGUGACAGAAACAACCCGACGCACUUCCCACACUGCCACUGUCUAUCGCCGAAACAAUCUUGUAGAUGCCGAGAUUCGCAUACACGUGGAGCCGCCUGAUCACAUCCAAGCCGCUAUCGACCGCAUCAUUAAGGCCGCAGUCCCAAGCAAGCGCCGAUCGGAACUCCGUGUCAUAGCCCAAGAACUCCGUGAUGUUUUGUUCGCAUAUGUCCAGACUGAUGCUGGCGAGCAAAACUUCAUUCAGCCACUUGACCAUGCUAUCGCGGCUCUACGUCUCAGGAACCUCGGUGUCAAUGCAAAAGAUGAAUGGCGAGUGGAUCUGAAGCCAGUGGUCCGCAAGCAGCGGGACUUCGGUCUUAUACCCAGUGGCCAGCAACUAGAGGUUGACGACGUCUCGGCUGCACUGGAAGAGCGCCAGCAACAUACGUCAGCCAACGAUUCUCAGUCGUCGAGCACGACGCCUUCUCUCUCCCCGCCUCGGUCCUCGGUCAAAACCCCCCGUCCGGACAUCUCAUUAGGUAUACGAAUCACGGCUCUCAUCUCUUCUCUCUCGGCGGAAAAUCUCACCGAGAAACAGGCCCGCUACUUCCUCGAAUGGCUCCAGAAAAAGACGGUACAACGCGAGCCAAAUGGACCGCUUGAGUCAUUACUGAAUCCAGUACCCGGACUACGCGCCUCGAUCCUCGCCUUCCCUUUUUUUGUUGUCGAGGGCAAGGCCUACUCGACCGGCCAACAAAUCUACGAGGCAGAGAACCAAGCUUCGGUUUCCGCGGCUUGUGGACUCAAGAUACAGCUUGACCUUGACAGCCUAGUAAAUUACGUCGCAACAAAGUUCGAUGUUCUCCCUACCACCUCUAACACCGACCCACCCCUCUUCUUCAGCAUCUGCACCGAAGGCCCCAUCCACCAGCUCUGGGCCCAUUGGACUGUGGUUGAAGAUGGUGAUCGCACGUUCGGAUCGAAGCUUCUGGACAGUUGGAAUGCGCUGUUACUGGGGCAGGGGCAUGGCCUUAUGCUUGCACUCAAUAACAUCGGCGCUUGGGGUGUAGGGUCGUUUAUGGAAUCAGUCGUGGAGCGACUGAGGUUUGUGGUGGAGACGGGAAAAGUUAGUGACGGAUUCCAUCUCUAG